GACUGGUAUAAAACAUGACCCAACUACAUUCGUCACAAUUGUGCAUAUUACUUCCUGCUUGUGAAUUCUUUGACAUUUAGUAGGAAGACGUGGAAGUUAUGGCUUCCAAUUCGCAGAUGACCACAAAAAGACUUCUUGUUGGAGCGAUAGACUUUGGAACGACCUUCUCCGGCUGGGCCUUUUCUUUUAAACAUGACUAUGAUUCGGAUCCGACAAAAGCAAAGACAAAACAUUGGCAGUCGAAAUCAGGUACAUUAGUGACAGAAAAAACACCAACAUGUGCAUUGGUAAAUCCCGAUGGUAAAACACUGAGAGCGUUCGGGUACGAUGCAGAAAACGAAUAUAGGGAAUUACUUGAUAAAGGAGAAGAAGAAAAUUAUUUCUUCUUUAAACGAUUCAAAAUGGAACUCUAUUGUAAGAUGGGCAAAGACUUAAAACGAGACAUGACAAUCGAAGACGAAUUUGGCAGACCUCUUUUAGCAGCUGAUAUCUUUGGAAUGUCAAUCAAGUUCCUGGUAGAUGAUAUGCUGAAUAAUGCUGGCAAGGGAAUAGAUGGCAUAAUUAAACCCUCUGAAAUUCACUUAGUUGUAACAGUUCCUGCAAUAUGGUCCGAUGCUGCAAAACAAUUCAUGCGUGAAGCUGCUGAAAAGGCUGGUAUAUGUAAAGAACGACUAACAAUCGCACUGGAACCCGAAGCGGCUUCGUUGUAUUGCAGGCAUGUUCAUAUCCAUAAACCUGGUGAGCUUGGCAAUGUAUCCAUGGACAAGCUACCAAUGGGCACAAAAUACAUAGUUGUUGAUGCAGGAGGUGGAACAAUAGACGUAACAGUGCACGAGACAGGAAGUGAGCAUACAUUGAAAGAAGUAAAACCUGCGAGUGGUGGCGAUUGGGGAGGUAUAAUGAUUGACAAGGAAUUUGAAAAUUUGCUUAUACGUAUAGUAGGACAAACUGUUUUUGAAAAAUUCAAACACGAAGAAAAGGAGGAUUGGAUUGACAUGCAACGAGAAUUUGAGUCACGGAAACGAGAGACGACUGUAGACAGUGACGGGGAAAACAGGGAUGAGAAUACCUGUAUCACUAACUGAUCUUUACUAUCAAUACUCACAGAGCU